CACACGGACUCUGGCGAGGGAACCCGUGUGCAUGCAACAUGCACACAUUCUGGCUCCGCCUACGAGAUCCGCCGGGUUGUACCUCCGCGUUCGACAGUCGGAGACCGUCUACCACCUACCAACACCGCACGGCGACUGAUCAGGAGACGGAAGAGUUUAGUACUGCGACCACCGCUGCUGCCUAGUUGAACAUAUGAACCUGUAGGAAUUCUCCCAAAUAAG